UGAACUCAUUGUUUGCAGUGUUCCUGAUUUGACGAGCUCGGUCCAACGGCCCAACAAAAACUACCAGGCCUUUGGAGGAUUUGGAGGAUUUACAUAUGUUCACAGGUGCAUUAUCCAUCCUUCUAUGUCGAAUCUAGUCUAUGUCGCAGUCAAGGAGAUGGUGCUGAGAAAUGAUUGGGCCAAAUCGCAAUGGUUCCGAACGAUUAAGAUCUGGAUGCGACUUAAACACGAGAAUAUUGUUCCUCUCUUGGGAGUUACAGAUGGCUUUGGCUCGGUCCCAGCGCUUGUCUUGCCAUGGUUAGGAAACGGCGCUCUGACGGGAUACCUUCAACGCAAGCACGAGAUGCUAUCUUACAGCCAAAAAUUUGCAAUGCUCAGCGAUGUAGCUCGUGGGCUUCAAUAUCUCCAUUCGGAGUCAAUUGUCCACGGAGACUUGACCGGCAAUAAUGUUCUCGUGGACACAAAUGGCAAAGCACUUCUCACCGAUUUUAGUCUCUUUGCCAGCCUACCUGACAGAAUAAGUCAAGCAUUAUUGCCUACCAAUCCUGGAGGCACUGUAUGCUACAUGGCUCCCGAAUGCUUGACGGUUGAUGACGAAGGCGACCAAACAUCGGUACUUUCCCCAGCAAGCGAUGUGUACUCUUUCGGAGGGAUAAUGCUCCAAGUCGUGGAGGGCAAUGUCCCAUACUAUUACAUCAGAACACAGGCAGCUAUUAUCAAUUACAUAGCACGAGGAAUCCACCCCAGAAGGCCGCCCACAUCUGUUAUAAGCGACGCUGAUUGGGAUUUCAUCCAGAUGUGUUGGUUGGGAGACAUGAACAGACGGCCGACGACCAAAGACAUCGUUGCAUUCGUGGAAGGACGGGCUGAAGUACAGUCAUAGUGGAUACUAAUUCCACCUGCCCUUGUCCAUCGCAUGUAGAUAGGGCAUUAACAAGCCACGUUGAAGACAUUAUGAAGUCCCAGUAGUAUCAUGCAGGACCAAACUACUGCUUUUCAUGUAUUCAAUCCGCUGGAGAACAGUCCACACAUCUUCUACUAGUCCUCUUCCCGACGUAUUGAAUGGGCAGCCAGUAAGAAAGCUUGACAAGCUCCGAGUGGCAAAAAAAGUUCAAACUGUGGCUUAUGAAUUGAGUAAUCAGCGAGACGUG